UUCAUCAUGUGGAUGUUUCAGAGUGUGGAGCCCCCCUGUGGACAGAGAGGGAGAGACACUCAGGAGAGGAGGCAAGAGCAGUGCAGACAGAGAGAGAGGAACACACACACACACACACACACUCACACUCACACACAGGACAGUACAGCAGCAAGAGAGAGAGGAACACACACACACACACACUCACACUCACACACAGGACAGUACAGCAGUAAGAGAGAGAGAAAGAAAGAGAGAGAGAGAGUGAGAGAGAGGGAGGACCUACAAUCAGCGUCCAGAACAGAAAACCACUGAUAAUCCAAGAGCAACCAGAGGAGCGAUGGCGGCCGCAGUGAGGCUGCUGAUCGUGAUGCUGCUGCUGCUGCUGUGCUGUUUCAAACUCACCACAACCAAAGAGGGAAAAUCCAAGGGAAAGAAAGGCAAACAGGUCGUCUGUCCAUCCCAGUUGACGCCUGAAGAGCUGGCCCAGGUUCCAGAGAACUCCACCUCCAACAUCUUGAAUCGUCUGAUGGUCAGUUAUGACCCAAGAAUAAGACCCAACUUCCAAGGUAUCCCAGUUGAAUCCAAAGUGAACAUCUUCAUCAACAGCUUUGGGUCAAUCCAGGAAACCACCAUGGAUUACAGAGUGAACAUCUUCCUCCGUCAGAGGUGGAACGACCCUCGUCUUCAGCUUCCCACAGACUUUAAAAGUGACGCUCUCACCAUCGACCCAAAGAUGUUUCAGUGUCUGUGGAAACCCGACCUUUUCUUUGCCAACGAGAAAAGUGCAAACUUCCACGACGUGACGCAGGACAACAUCCUCCUCUUCAUCUUCAGGAACGGAGACGUUCUCAUCAGCAUGAGGCUCUCAGUGACACUGUCUUGUCCCUUGGAUCUCACUCUUUUCCCGAUGGACACACAACUGUGUAAGAUGCAGCUGGAGAGCUUUGGUUACACCACCAGUGACCUGGUCUUCAUGUGGCAGUCUGACCCGGUCCAGAUGGACGAGAUCGCUCUGCCUCAGUUUGACAUCAAACAAGAGGACAUUAAAUAUGGAAACUGUACCAAGUAUUACCAGGGGACAGGAUAUUACACGUGUGUGGAGGUGAUUUUCACGCUGCAUCGUCAGGUCGGCUUUUAUCUGAUGGGCGUUUACGCUCCAACUUUACUCAUCGUGGUUUUGUCCUGGUUAUCGUUCUGGAUCAAUCCUGACGCAUCAGCUGCCAGAGUCCCACUGGGUAUUCUGUCAGUUCUGUCUCUGUCCAGUGAGAGCAUGUUGUUAGCGUCAGAACUUCCAAAGGUUUCCUACGUUAAAGCCAUCGACAUCUGGCUCAUCGCCUGUUUACUGUUCGGCUGUUUUUCUCUGGUGGAGUACGCUGUGGUGCAGGUGAUGCUGAACAGUCCCAAACUGAUCGAGGAGGAGAAAACCAAAAUGGCCACCAAAGAAAAAGCUCUGCAGGAGAAAGAAGGAAAGAAGCCUUCAAAUAAAAGCAACAACACGGUGAAUGGAACAGGUGGAACUCCCAUUCAUGUCAACACGCUGCAGGCGGUGGAAACUCGCUGUAAGAAAGUGUGCACGUCAAAGUCCGACCUCCGGUCCAACGACUUCAGCAUCGUGGGUUCGUUACCGCGAGACUUUGAACUCUCCAACUUUGACUGUUAUGGUAAACCAGUGGAAGUGGGCGGAGUCCUCAAGUCCCAGAGCAAAGCCAACAAGAAGCCGCCGCCCCCCAAACCUGUCAUUCCCGCUGCCGCCAAACGCGUCGACCUCUACGCAAGAGCCCUCUUCCCUUUCUCCUUCCUCUUCUUCAACGUCGUCUACUGGUCCGUCUAUCUGUGAGAGAGUGAGGGAGUGAGAGAGUGAGAGAGUGAGGGAGGAAACAAGGAGAGAAGGAUACGUGGUGACCAAACAUGAGUGUGAAACUCUUAAACCUGAAGAUUUCCAUGGUUUAUUGUAAACUGGGUGUAAUUUCCCUUUAAUCGUGAGCAUUAAGUUGACGCUGCAUGUGUGACGUAUGUAACUGAAACAUUUACAUUAACAAGUGCUUUUUCAAUAUUAACAGCAAUACUUAAAAAAGCGAAAUAAAGAAACGAGAUAUGAGAAAGAAAACAUUAUAACUUCAUCAUUUCAUAGGUUUUUGUUUUUGCUGCCACUGUGAUUUAAAAACUCACCUGAAAACAAAUGGAACAAGAAGUUUCUCAUGUUCUAAUGAUGAAGUCUUGUUGUUGUGAACGAUAAUAAAAUCAGACACAGAAGAGGAAACAUUUU